UCUCUUCUUCUUCUUCUUCUCAAGAUUUCAAUCGUUUGGCUCUCGUCAUGGCCGGUACCCGAGUUCCGGGUACUGGCGAGAACUUGGGUGCCCGUGGGAUUUCCGGCUGGCCGACCAGGAAGAGAGGCUAGAAACGGGGGCCGGGUCUUGAAAAAGUAGAAAAACAGGGCAGAGGCUCACGAAUCGAUUUGACCAAAAAGGGAUGCAUUUGCACUUUGGAUCUUGUGACUCGACCGGUGGCGAUACCGCCACCCUCCAUCUGCGGAGAACAACAAUGGCGAGUUCAAUCAUGUCGCAGUUACAGGCCAUCAAAUCGCUGGUGCAAGCUGAUACGGAGCCCAUUAAGAGACCAUUCACUCGCCCUUCAAUUCUUUUCAGCCCUAAAGCAGCUGCUGAUAUCGAUAUCGAGACCAUUUACAAUCUCGGGCUUGGAGGAUUCAUGUAUACAAUUCAGAGGAUUUGGUAUUAUGUGCUCUGCCAUACCAUGACACACAUGCAUUUGUGCGGAUUGUUUAGCUGCUCAAGACUAGGUGAGAGCCUGGUUCAUUUCUUCUUGUAG